GCAAUUUACGGUAGAUGAGCAGAAAUGGCAGCCUGCCGACGAGCCAGAUCGUUGAUCCCAUCAUUGGUCGAAUCGUGAUCCUUCGGAGCGUUGGUGCACGGUCCGUCAAUGAUCCGCUGGUCCCGGUACUUUUGGCCAACGCCAGCUCACUCAAUCGUAAGCUCUCAGGGGGAGGCUCCCUCAGCUGCGCGAGGCGCGUUGGCCAAAGUUUAUCAAUUGAUAGUUAAGCCCAACGGCACCAACUCUUCCUCAACAGACGAUGCAGUGAGGUGACACGACAUCAACAGGUACUCGAGUCAUUGCUGAUACUAGUAGCCGCCCAAGAUGGCUGGCGUCUCGGCCCUCGUCCAGGGCUUGUUGUCGCGCAUCAAGCAGGAGCACUUGCUUGUCCUCGCCGUCACUUUUGCUGUUGUCUGCGUCUCCACCCGGAUCAUCAGUGGCAACAAUGCCCGCCCCGGCGUCGACCCUCGGGGGCCUCACAAAGGGGGCGCCAAGAUAGCACCCGCAGUCCCCUACUGGGUCCCGUAUCUGGGGCACAUACCUCAGAUGGUCUUUGGCGCCGAGAGCUUCCUCGCCGGCCUCCGUAGCCUCCACCCUGGCGGCGCCUUCUCGCUCAACUUUCUCGGCGGCGUGCACACCGUCGUGUUCAAGCCCGGCCUGACGGCGUCCCUGAUCAACCAGCCGGUGCAUAUUGCCGACGGCCAUGCAUCGUCAAAACACCUCAUGAAGAGCAACUUCGGCUGGCCGAGAAGCAAGGCUAGUCUUGAGACAUACGACAAGGUCAUCGAUGAACUACUCGCCCUCUACAGGUUCCUGAGCUCCGACAAGGCGCUCAAUCAGAUGGUGGACAGGACUGUGCAGCGCCUACGACACAACAUUGCCGACCUGGUCACAUUCAACGAGAGCGAGGUCGACCAGGUCGAGUGGGAGAAGUACGCGGGCGCCGAGACGGUCCGGGACAACAAGGGCGAGCAGGUCGUCGAAGCCGACCUGUACGAUCUCGUGCGCAACUUCAUCGCCAUGACUGCCAACGUCUCGCUGUUCGGCACCGACUUUGUCGAGAACUACCCCCGCUUCUGGCAGCACCUCUGGAGAUUCGACGAUGGGUUCAUGGCCCUCGCCGCCGACCUCCCUGCCUGGCUGCCCAUCCAAAAAGCUAUCGCUGCCCGCCGCGCGCGGUCCGAAGCCAUGGCGUGCCUCCGGGAGUUCCACGCCGCGCUCGAGGCGGAUCGCGAGGGACAGAAGCCCAAGCCCGAGUGGGCCGACAUCGACAACGUCAGCCCGCUGAUCCAGGGCCGUGUGGACCAAGUCUACCGCAAGUACAGCCUGACACUCGAGCAGCGAGCUUCAAGCGACUUCGGUUUGGCUUGGGCCAUGAACGCGAACGCCAACCCGCUCGUGUUCUGGAUGCUUUGGCGCAUCAACUCCGACGCGGUCCUACUUGCCCGUAUCAGGGAUGAGGUCGCCCCUUACAUCGUCAUUGAGAAGCCAGCGCAUGGGUUCGGCUCUGCCUUCAAACAGGCCAUGAGGAUCGAGAGUAUUGAUGUAGAUGGGUUGGUCAACAAGUGCCCUCUUCUCAAGGCAGCAUACAUCGAAACCCUCAGGGUCGACGUCAGCGCAUGGAGCUUCAAGGUGAUCCGGGAGGAUGUCAUAGUUAGCGACAAGGACGCGUCUUCGGACAAGUUCUUGCUACCAAAGGGGACUUAUGCGCACGGAGCCCACGAGCUGAACCACAUGAACCCCGAUGUCUUUGAAGACCCCAAGGAGUGGUCUAUUGACAGACAUAUCAAGUGGGAUACACCGAACGAGAAGGGGGAGAAGCAGCCAGUGGGCGCGGAUAUGGGGGUUGUGAGGCCAUAUGGCGGGGGAGUAAGCAUGUGCAAAGGUCGUCAGUUCGCCUUCAAGGAGAUUCUGAUUUUCACUGCCGCUAUCCUCACGACAUACGACAUAGAACCGGUUGGUGGCGGGCCUUGGAAGCUGCCCAAGCAAAGCAAUGGUGCCGGUACAAAGCAUCCGGCGUCAUCGACUCGGGUCUGGAUCAAGGCCCGAGCGACGUAACAGCACUUUGGUGCCUAGGCAUCCACUCAGCUUGGGAUAGACGCAUCAAAUAAAUAUCAAUGGCUCGACUUCUUGGAGAUCGCCAAUCUCCCAGUCCGGGCAAAAUUGACCAAAUGUGAGUGGGGCGGUGGUGGUGAUGCAUGUCCAUUGGCAUCCGGUCCAAUCGCAUCGCCAGAGGCAAACUGCUCUCGUUGCUACUAUCUCUGAGGAUAUCCUCCUGUCGUAUUCUUUACUGGAUUGAGAUCAUACAGCGACCAUCUUGAGAGACUUACUCUCGCCGUAUAACUCCAUCGCGGCGUUCUAGUCAACGCCGUCGUCAAGACGGUGCCCCUUAGCCUUGUCUGUAAGGCUGAGGCCACAAGCACCUAUCGUAUUAUAACUAUUGUUAUCGACAUCGUAUUCUUUCCAAGCGCUGGGUCUUGAGUGCUUACCACCGUAUGAAGGCGCCAUGUAUGUCCUCGGACGUAUACGGAAUAGAAGCGAAAC